AUGUCAAAUUUAUACUUUGGGUUCGAUCUUUCCACCCAGCAAUUGAAACUACUAGUCACAAGGGAAGAUUUAUCCCUUCAUUCAACUUAUAAGAUUGAAUUUGAUAAAGAUUUACCUCAUUAUAAAACAAAUAAAGGUGUUUAUUCAAAUGAAUCAACUGGGGAAAUUUAUGCUCCAGUGAAAAUGUGGAUCGAAGCAUUAGAUGUCAUCUUAGCAAAUAUGGCACAAGAUCAAUUCCCUUUUGAUAAAGUUGCUGGUAUUUCAGGAUCUGGUCAACAACAUGGUUCAGUUUAUUGGUCUGGUGAUGCUGAUGUAAUCCUAGAAUCUUUAAAUCCCCAAGAGAAACUUGUUGAUCAAAUCUCACCAAAAGCAUUUACUUUAGAAACUUCACCAAAUUGGCAAGAUCAUAGUACAGGUGAAGAAAUUUCAAAAUUUGAAUCUUUUAUUGGUGGUGCUGAAAAUUUAGCUAAAAUUACAGGUUCAAGAGCCCAUUAUAGAUUUACAGGUCCACAAAUUAGAAAAAUUGUUAAAGAACAUGACGAUAUUUAUCAUAAUACCAAAAGAAUUACAUUAGUUUCCAGUUUCCUUGCAAGUUUGUUAAUUGGUAAAGUUUCAAAUACUGAGGAAGCUGAAGCUUGUGGUAUGAAUCUUUAUGAUAUUGAAAAAAAACAAUGGAAUGAUGAAUUAUUAUCUAUUUGUACUAUAACACAUGAAAAAGAUGGUAUAAAAGAUGAAUCAAUAAGAUCUAAGGCAAUAAAUGAAUUAAAAUCUAAAAUUGGUGAUGUUGUGAAGAUUGGUUAUAAUUCAUUAGGUUCAAUUUCACCCUAUUAUAUCAAGAAAUAUGGAUUUAAUCCAAAUUGUCAAAUUUUCCCAUUUACUGGUGAUAAUCUAGCCACUAUUUUGGCAUUGCCAUUAAAUCAAGAUGAAUUUUUAGUUUCAUUAGGUACUUCCACCACGGUAUUACUUGUUACUAAAUCAUAUAUACCAUCUUCAAAUUAUCAUUUAUUUAUUCAUCCAACCAUUCCAGAUGCUUAUAUGGGUAUGAUUUGUUAUUGUAAUGGUGCUUUAGCUCGUGAAAAAGUUCGUGAUGAAUUAAAUAAGAAACAUGGUAAAGAAUCUGGAGAUUGGUCAUUAUUUAAUGAAUUAUUAGAUAAAUCUCAAAAUUUUAAUGGUGAUUUAGGUUGUUAUUUCCCACUUGGUGAAAUUGUUCCAAAUGCAAAAGCUCAAACAAUUAGAGCAAAAUAUGAUUUUAAAACUGGUAAUAUUGAAAUUGUUGAUAAACCUUGGGAUGUUGAAUUAGAUGUUCCAUCAAUUGUGGAAUCUCAAGCAUUAAGUUGUAGAGCAAGAGCAAGUCCAAUGUUGAGUGUUAAAGAUGAUGAAUUGAAACCAGGGUUACAUGAUUUAGAACUUGAUGAAAAGAUAAUUAAGGCAGAAUCAUUAAAUCAAAGACCUACAAAAGUUUUUUAUGUUGGUGGUGCAAGUGCAAAUAAAUCUAUAGUUAAUAAAAUUAGUGAAGUUUUAGGUCCAAUAGAAGGGAAUUAUAGAUCUGAUAAUGCAAAUUCAUGUGCUGUUGGUGGUGCCUAUAAAGCUCAUUGGUCAAAUGAAUGUUUAAAACAAGAUAAAUUUAUAAAUUUCCAUGAAUUUUUAACUGAAAAAUUUAAUUGGAAUGAUGUUGAGAAAAUUGAUGCAAAGAAUAAAUGGGAAGAAUAUUUACCUGGAUUAUCUGUUUUAAAUAAAUUAGAACAAGAUUUAGUUAAAUGA